AUGGAUGGGAUCUCUCGACUAAAUGUGUCUCCGGUGCGGAAAUUUGAGCAUAAGAAAUGGAAUGUAGUGGUGGUGCUAUGGGUUUUCUUUGCACUGAUGAUGAUCACGUCAGGAUCCACACUAGGGACACCUUUGAAACAACCUCUGUUGGACUACAGUGAUCUCGGAGGAAGGUUAGGGUUGUUCGGUCAAUUUGAAUCUUUAUCGAUCUAUAAGUAUAACACUUCAGCUUCACUAUUAACUAGUGCAAGGGCAUCAAAUGGCGACAGUAAUUUUUACGUGAAGACAAAGCUGGGGGAUUUCUUCACAGUUGGUUCCGUGAAUGGUCAAAUAUAUCAAAUAACUGAGUUAUCAGAGAACAGUGUGGUAAUUUCUGGAAAUUUCACUGAGCUUAACGAUAAAAAAACAUCGAGUCCCAUAAUAUAUAAUUUUGAUGAUAAUAAAUUUUCAGAGAUUUUCCCGAGCUCUUCCAAUAAACAGAGGGAUGAGACAAAUCAAAAGGGCAUAUCUGAUGGAGAAGUGAAAACGAUGUUUGUGGAUGGUGAUCUUGUAUAUUUGGGGGGAGAUUUCAAGUAUAAUAAUACGUACGGGUUGGCAAUUUAUAACAAAACGUCUGAGACAUUGUCAACUCCAUUAUUCAAAGGAUUUGGUAAAAAUUCUUCAAUAAAUGCCAUCACCAAGAUAUUCGAUGAAGGGGAUGAAGAGAAUGGCUCGAUUAUAUUUGGGGGCAGUUUUAACACAUUAGGCUUGAAAGAGCUAUUAACACAUACAUCACACUCCAACAAAACUAAGAAGAAGAAUUCGACUAAUUCCUCCCUAAUUACUGCUGAACAGAUGAUUUCACUUAAGCAUGCAACUUUUACGAGUGUAAACGAAGAAGGGAGUGACUUGAGCUCCUUGAUAUGUCCUUCAAAAAACGAUGAGUGGUCUGUCGAGCCUGGGUCUGGAGGAGAAUGGGCAGCAGAAUUACCAGACGAAGCUAAGGGUGUUACCCCUACCAAAUCUCGAUUAUACAUUCCUCAAGGAUCCAAUGGUGUCAAACUCUUUAGAAUUUACUCUUAUCCAAACAAUGGUAUCAUGAAUCUUACCUAUAUUGACCCAGUCACUAAUGUUCUCAGUUAUUGUGAUGCAUGGUGUCCUUUAAUGACUUUAUCGAACUUGACGGACGCAACAAAGCAAAAUAAAAGAGAUAGUGAAAAAAUUGCUGAUUCGUCGAAGUUCGUUGAUGAAGACGGUAGUUUUACGACUUAUUAUGAUCCAGCAACAAAAACAAAAACUCUCGGUUAUGGUAAUAAUUAUCAAGAGUUUGCUUUCAAUGAUCAAGUUGCCAUUGAUAAGAUAGGAGUCACGGUUCUUGACUGGUAUGGUGAAAAGGGUGCUUUAGCAGGAUUUGAAUUAUAUCUGAAUACUAUCAUUGUUUACGGUAAUAAUACAUUAAAUGAUCCAAACUGUGACAAUGACGUCGAAGCUAGCUCAUCGGAAAGCAGUGGUGAUUUUCAAUCAAUCAGAAACUUGGAUUCGGAUAUCACAGAUACAAAUUAUUUAGUGUCUACUGACUCUAGUGCAGAAAUCACGUUGUACCCAAAUAUUUCAUAUUCAGGUAAUUAUUCAAUCAUAAUGACUACCCCAGGAUGCAUUGCAGACGGAUCUUGUGAUUAUAGGUCCAUCCUCAAUGUUUCAGUUAUUGAUAACGAAGAUCAAGUAUUAACUUCAAAGUUAAUUUAUCAAAAUAAUGAGUAUGAUAAGUUUGACUAUUUGUAUUAUGGGCAUUUGAAAGGUGCUGCCUCAAACGAUGGAGAGAACAAAAUUCACAUCUCUUAUGAUAGCUCUUUGGUUGAUUCAAAUCAAAAAUGGAUCGUUGUGGAUAAAAUUUUGGCAAAUAUUGUCUCUUUAGACAAAUAUUAUAGCAACCACACUAAUCAUACAGAUAGCUCGAAAAACAAAUCUGUUGUUACUAAUAUGAAGUUGAACGGCUUAUUUGAAUAUUCGUUGUCUAAUUUCUCUUCUUUUGAUGAGCAUAACGUUUUCAAAAAGGUUAAUAAUAAAACACUGAUUAGUGAGAAAAACAGCUACGUUGGGAACUCAACGGUCAACUGGUUAAGUUCUCUUCUAUCAAAGGACUCCAGCGUAGAUGAGUUGAACGUUUAUAAGAAUUCUGAUAAAGAAUCCUUAUUAAUUUUGGGUCGUCUCAACAGCAGCUCGAAGUACUUGGAUUUAAAAGACAAUAACUUAAUGAAAGUAGAUGUGAAAGAAUUUAAUACAACCUCCAAUGAGACUGUGCUCUCAAAUAUUCAAAAGAGAGAUGCGUCGAGUUUCCAGUCUUUUGAAAAUGUCUUGAUAAAUAACACCAUCUCGAAGAUAUUCAAUUAUGGUAACAGUUCAAUAUUGACUGGAGAAUUUCAGCUCAAAGAAGAAAAUAGCUCAACAGUUUUAAGUGACUUGUCGAAGAAAAAUAGUUCUACUUCUGCUAUUAACAAUUUUGCCAUCUGGUCCCAAAAUAAAUGGUUUGGAUUUGGAAAUGAUUAUAUCGAGGAAGAAUUUGAUUCCUUUUGCAACCUAACCGUGAAUGGCACAGAAUAUUUUAUAUUUUCCUCAGAGUCAACAUUUUUGACCUGGGACAACACGAAUCAUGUAUGGUUGAAAGAUGGCGACUAUACCCUUGAUGUUACUCAAGCAGUAGGGCUGAAUGGAUCAAGACAAUUUUUUGCAGGUGUAUCUUUGAAUGUCAUGGACAUCUACUCUAGAGAUCAAGCUCUCCUAAAUGAUGAAGGAGAUAUUACGAGCUUCAACGCUUCAAUUGAAGAGGGAAAUGGCUUUAUUAGAGAAUCAUUCUAUGUUAAUGAGUCCCUUAGUGUAGUAGGUGGUACCUUCAAAUCUGCAAGUACGGCGAAUAUCGGCUUCAUAAAUGAUCAUUCAAAAAAUGGUGGUUUUGAACUGUUAAAAGACAAGGUGAAAUGGGAAUCUAAUACAAGUGUUCUGGCAUUAUAUGCGGACUCCUCUGGUAAAUAUUUAUUUAUUGGCACUAACGGCUCUUUGACUAUUAGGGAUUCUACAACGGUUUUGGGUGUCGUUAUUUACAAUAUGAAGGAUAAUGCAUUCUUAGAUACCCAGCCAGCGGCAUUAUCCCUGAGUAAAGGUGACAACUCUGAAGUUAACGCCAUUGUUUUACACGAGGAGAGCCAUGAGUUACUUGUGGGGGGCAAUUUUGACUCCGCUGGAUCACUCAGCUGUCCUGGAUUAUGCAUUUAUGAUUUGAAAAAUACAAGGUGGAAUAAUCCACAACAAGAUCAAGUUCUUGAUGGAACCGUCACUGAUAUCAAAUUUUACAGCUCUAGUGAUGUCUUGAUUAGUGGAAACUUGACGUAUAAUGGUAAAAGUGUCAAUUUUGCUACAUACAACUUUGAAAAAUCCUCCUUCAAAACAGCUUCAACUUUAAAUGCUCUUGGUUCCGAGAAAAUAGUGUCCAGGUUUAUUAUGACAGAUAAGAAUAAUGGACUUGGUGGGAGAAUUAUUGCGUAUGGAAAGAAUUUUUUAAGUGCAUUUGAUGGAAAGAAAUGGCACAGCAUAGAUGACGAUAUAAUAUUUGAUCUGCAUAGCUCUUAUGGUGAUCUAUUACUUCUACAGUUAUCUGAAUCCAACAAACACAGCAGCGAGGCCUAUUUUGACCUGGAUAAAAUCCUUGCGGUGUGUGGAAACUUUUCUAUCAAAGGGUUCGGGCCUAGCAAUGUAGCGUUGUUUAAUGGUUCUCAUUGGCAGCCUUAUCUUUUUACUGCUGACUCAGGAUCUGGGAUAGGUAAUGUUUAUUCUAUGCUAUUUAAAGACUCAUAUGGCUUCCAGUCAUCUAAGGACUUUAAAGUAGGACAUUUAUCUAAGGGAAAGGUUGUCGGGAUAUCACUAGCGUGUGCUUUAGGAUCGACAACCUUUUUGGGGUUAUUGUAUUUAAUCCCUUAUUUUGCAUUAUUUAGAAAACGGCACCGUGACAGUGAUACGGACCAACGAAUUCAAGAAAAGGACAUGAUGAAUGCAGUGAGUCCCCACGACUUAUUGCAUGAAAUAGAUCUACAAAGAUGA